CGCACGGGAUGGCCGAUCGUACGCGUGAUUCGGCUCUCGCGUAUAGGCAUCGACAAAUUCGAUAGUGACAAUAGCGAUGAGACGUGAGAAUCGUUGGAAUUUCAUUUUUCACGCGUCUCAUGGAAACAAAUAAUCAAAAUCCAUAGUACGGCGGUUACACUCGCUGGCCGGGUAACGGAAUCGCGCGAGAUUCGAUAAUUUACGCGUGACACGUUCCUCACUCGUCGAUUUCAUCGAUCAAGGUUACUCUCGCACGCAUACGUAACUCUCCUCGCGCGGAGAGUUUUUCUCCUUGACGCAAAUUGUCGCGAAUCGUGUCGUCGCUAAACGCCGCAACGAGCGACGUGCGAGUCCGUUCGGAGGAGCAUCGUCGAACGGAGGAAUCUCGCAUUCGUCCGUUGUGUCGCACGCGGCUGCGACAGGUCGCUGAUGUUGUGACGGUCGGCAGUCUGUUGACCGCGACGACGACGGGGAAAGCUCAGAGGUGUACGGGCGCACGAGCGCGGUCGUCACCGAAGAUGAGCUCGCAUCAUCAUCUGAACUCGUCGUCGGGCGAGAUAAAUCACAUACACUUCGUCUCCGAGGACAUCGGGUCGUUGUACCUCUCCGAGGAAUAUGCGGAUGUGACCAUCGUGGUGGCGGGUCAGAAGUUCCGCAGCCACAAGCUCAUCCUCGCCGCGCGCAGCGAGUACUUUCGCGCUCUGCUGUUCGGCGGCAUGAAGGAAUCCAUGCAGAGUGAGAUUGAGUUGACCGCUGCGUCUCUGCCUGCAUUCAAGGGCUUGCUCAAGUACAUCUACACCGGCCGAAUGUCUCUCACUAAUGAACGGGACGAGGUCAUUCUCGAUAUUCUGGCAUUAGCGCACUUGUAUGGGUUUAUGGACUUGGAAGCGGCUGUAUCUGAUUAUCUCAGAGAAAUAUUAAACAUAAAGAAUAUAUGUUCGGUCUUGGAUACUGCGAUUUUGUACCACUUGGAGUUUCUAACUAACGUUUGCUUUGAAUACAUGGACGUGCACGCAGUUGAAGUUAUAAAGCACGAGAGUUUUCUGCAGUUGAGUUCGUGUGCUCUGACCGAAUUGAUCUCUAGGGAUUCUUUCUGCGCGCCAGAAAUAGAGAUUUUUUCAGCUGUACGGUCAUGGGUUAAUGCUAACUCUGAUGUUGACCCAGCUGAAGUGCUAACUCAACUCAGAUUGAGCCUGAUUCCACUGUCAGAUCUUCUGACUAUCGUAAGGACGUCUCAGUUAAUAUCGCCGGAUGCAUUGUUGGACGCAAUUACUGUACAGACUGAGACUCAAGAUUCGAAACUUCCCUACCGCGGUCAUUUGCUUCUUGACGAGAAUGUCGCCUCUCUCUCAUACAAUGCUGAAGUGUUACAAGGGGAAAUGCGUAGCUACCUACUUAAUGGUGAUACUCACAAUUACGAUAUGGAACGUGGUUACACGAGGCACACGAUAUCUGAUACAGAGGUGCAUGGGAUUCUUAUCAAACUAGGAUCGCAAUAUAUUAUAAACCAUAUAAAAAUGUUACUGUGGGAUCUAGAUUCGCGAUCUUAUUCUUAUUAUAUAGAGGGAUCUAUGAAUCAAAAGGACUGGGUUACGCUUGUCAGUCACAAACAUUACUUUUGUCGCAGUUGGCAGUAUUUAUAUUUUGAGCCGAGGGUAGUACUUUAUAUUCGUAUUGUAGGAACAAAUAACACAGUAAAUAAGGUUUUUCAUGUUGUAAAUUUUGAAGCAUAUUACACGAAUCAUACAGAGAAACUUUCACAAGGCUUUAUUGUACCCUCCAGAAAUAUCGCUACACUCGAACGAAGCGCGUGUGUCAUCGAAGGUGUGAGUAGAUCACGUAAUAAUUUAUUAAACGGAGACAUGUCUACUUACGAUUGGGACAGUGGUUAUACGUGCCAUCAACUCGGCUCUGGAUCUAUUCUAGUACAAUUAGGCCAACCAUAUAUGAUAGGAUCCAUGCGAUUACUACUUUGGGAUUGCGAUAAUCGCUCCUACUCGUAUUACAUAGAAGUAUCGGGCAAUGCCUGGAAUUGGGUAGUAGUCGCUGAUAAAACUAAGGAAGCCUGUCGAUCCUGGCAGACGAUACAUUUUCAUCCGCCCCGUCCAGUAGUUUUUAUAAAAAUAGUGGGCACUCACAAUACUGCGAAUGAGGUGUUUCACUGUGUUCACUUUGAAUGUCCAGCGCCAAUAGACGAUAAACCCUCGAAAUCACCAACCCAAGAGGGACAAACGUCAACAUCAUCGGAUGGUAAUAAUAUCUUACCUCUUUCCUCUUCUCCACCGCCUUCCGCUCCUGAAGUAGCUACGGAAGCAGUCCAUAUCGAUAGCGAUGAAUUGUAACUAGAGUAAAGAAUCUGCAUAUAAUGAUGAAACAUGAGUGACAGCUUUGUCGAUGAUUCUGUAGUUGCUGCUCUUGUUUUCUGAGCUAGAUGAAUUUUAAACAAUUCGUCGAGUGUCCUCAAUGCAACCUUUAAGACUGUUCAAUAAUAAUCGUUCAAUAUAAGAUUGUAAUUAAUCGUUUCGUUUUCUUGUUUAUGAGCUCAACUUUUAUUAUUAUGUCGAUGACUUUAAAUAAUAUAUACGCAGCAGCUGCCAAUUUUAAUCCGUAGUAUAGCAAUUAUUUAUCUUUUGCAUAUUAUCAUAUUGUAUGUACUUGAUUUUGUCGUUGGUAUCGAAUUAAAGAAUUUAUUCUACGCGAAGCCACGUGUCAUUUUAUAUUUCAGCAUAUUUGUAUACAUGAAAUUUCAUUUUUUACUUGACAAUCAAAUGAUUAAUAUAUUUAAAAGUUAUUGUCUAAUCGUUAAGUAAUAUAUAAAAAUUAAUGUAAUAUAUUUUAUUGGUAUCUUUAAUAAUAUGAUUACUGAACUAAUUUAUGCAAACGACAAAUUUAUUAGUACCGAGCCAAAGUUAGGAAAUUUUCAAUUCAAUGUACACGAUUGUAAUUACGGAAAGAUUGACAUUUCCUACUUUCAAAUAUUUUACGCUAAAGCGUUAUGACGAAUUAAACGAGAUUAUAAAUUGGUAGUUGCUACUAAUUGUUUUGUAUAGAAUAAUCUAUCUUUCAAUUCUAUGUUACCAAAUAUUUUCUAAGCACGCGAUUACCUAUAAUAUUAAUACUCUGUUAUAAUGGUGUCUGGUUCUACAGUAUUUCUCAUCGUACAAGUACCUUUUUUAUGAAAGUUUUUGUUGCGAAUUUUGUGUAUAUACGUAUAAAUCAUUAUUUUUCUAGUCUAUAUAUUGGAUGUAAUGCAUCUCAAAAAUCUUGAUUAUAAUAAAUUAUACGAAAAGUUUAAUUGCUACGAUCAAUAAAAUAUUCUAAUAUUUUAAAA